AUGACACUAGGAUGUGAGCGUGGCGGCAAAUAUAAACCAUCCACAUCGGUGUUAAAGCGAAAGCGGACUGGAACUAAGAAGUGUAAUUGUCCAUUCAGGCUAAGGGCAAGGCGUAGUAAUAAAGAUAAAAUGUGGACGGUGCUUGUGCAUAGUGGGAUCCAUAAUCAUGACACUGCUGAGGUUUUGCAGGGUCACUCAUAUGUUGGCCGUCUAAAUCCAGAGGAAAAGGCGAUGGUGGGAGAAAUGAUUGAAGAAAGGGUCAAGGCCAGUGAUAUUUUGAUUGCUAUAAGGAAACACAACCCAACCAACUUGACUAGAAUUAAACAGAUUUACAAUGAGAAGCAAGCAUACAACAGGUUGAAGAGGGGAUCGUUGACCGAGAUGCAACACUUGAUGAAGUUGUUGGAAGAACACAAAUACGCACAUUGGUCUAGGGUGCAGGAUGGUACUGAUGUGGUCAGAUCUUUGUUUUGGGCACACCCUGAUUCCAUUCACUUGUUCAAUGAGUUUCCUCAUGUUGUGAUUCUGGAUAGUACAUACAAGACCAAUAGGUACAGGAUCCCUUUACUUGAGAUGGUGGGGGUUACGUUGACAAAUUUGACAUACUCAAUUGCUUUUGCGUACAUGGAGAAUGAGCAAAAGGAUGAGGUUGUUUGGGCUGUGAAUAGAUUAAAAGACUUGAUCAUUAAUGAGGACAAUCUGCCGAAGGUCUUUGUUACAGACAAAGACCAAGUUUUUAUGCUUAUACUCUUCUUUGCUUGUAGGUUACUCUUCUUUGCUUGUAGAUUAACAUGA